AUGGGAUUGCUUUCAAAACUAUACUCUAGAUGUGAAUUGGUUAAUGUGCCACAGGUAUUGAAAGCAUGCUCGUUUCUCGGAUUCAUACGUCCCGGUAAAGAAAUCCACUGUGCAAUGAAAAGAGGCAUGAUAGCUACCGACAUCCACAGUGAGACAGCCUUGCUAAAUCUUUAUCGUAAAUGCGGGCAUAUCCAGUACGCUAAAAGAGUAUUUGAUUCGAUUGAAUCGAAGAAUUUUAGCACUUAUAACUCCAUGAUAUCUGCAUAUGGGGAGCAAGGUCUUUUAGAUGAAUGUCUUUCUCUGUUUCACGAGAUGAAAGGAAGAGUUGACAACAAGUGUUCAGAUGAUGUCCUAACCACAAUUUUUAAACAUGAAGAGUUUGAUGAGUCAAGUGUUUUUGAAAAAUAG